AUGGCUUCAGACUCUGACAGACCAGGCUUCUGUUUGCUGGAUUAUGCUGUAUUUGCUGCUAUGCUGGGGGUAUCGGUGGCCAUCGGGCUGUUCCAGUCUCUGAGAAAGACCCCAGGUCGCUCUAAUGUGGACAACUUCUUCACAGGGGGCAGGGGCUUCUCUGCUGUGCCUGUUGGACUUUCGCUCUGUGCCAGCUUUAUGUCAGCUGUCCAGGUGCUUGGUGUGCCAUCAGAGGCCUAUUUGUAUGGUUUUAAGUUCCUCUAUAUGUGCCUGGGACAAUCGCUGAACUCACUAAUCACUGCAGUUCUGUUUGUGCCAGUGUUCUAUCGUCUCAAAAUCACCAGCUCAUGUCAGUAUUUAGGGAUGAGGUUUGGCAGAGGAAUGCAGCUCUUGGGGAGUUUGCAGUUCAUCAUAGCCACACUUCUCUACACUGGUAUAGUGAUCUUUGCUCCUGCAGUCAUCUUGAAUCAGGCCACAGGUCUAAAUAUGUGGGCAUCUCUUUUCUCAACUGGACUCAUUUGCACUUUCUACACGACACUGGGUGGUAUGAAAGCUGUAAUUUGGACCGACGUGUUUCAGAUUGUUGUAAUGCUCGCUGGGUUCAUUGCAAUCUUCAUUCAGGGCACCGUGCUGGUGGGAGGGCCGGCCAGGGUUUUGGAGAUUGCCAACAAUGGAUCACGCAUCAAUUUUAAUGAUUUUGGAAUAGACCCUCAGAGGCGGUACUCAUUCUGGAGUUUCACAGUGGGGGGCACUUUGGUGUGGUUAUCAAUGUACAGUGCCAAUCAAGCUCAAGUACAGCGUUACAUAUCAUGCAGGACAGAGAGACAAGCUCAACUGGCUCUGCUGGUUAAUCAGGUCGGUCUGUGUCUGAUUGUGAGCAGUGCAGCCACCUGUGGCAUUGUGAUGUUUGCUUUGUACUCCACUUGUGACCCACUGAAGGCAGGCAGAAUAUCUGCACCUGAUCAGUAUAUGCCGUACCUGGUCUUGGACAUUUUCCGGAAUCAUCAAGGCUUCCCAGGUCUCUUUCUAGCCUGUGCCUACAGUGGAACUUUAAGCACUGUCUCCACCAGCAUUAACGCCAUGGCAGCUGUUACUAUGGAGGAUGUAAUGAAGCCAUGGAUAAUAAACAUUUCACAGAGAAAACAGCUCUUGCUCUCCAAGGCAUUAUCCCUAUUGUACGGUCUUGGCUGCAUUACAAUGGCUGCCCUAUCUUCUCUGCUUGACUGGGGAGUUCUUCAGGCUUCGUUCACUGUCAUGGGUGUGGUGAACGGUCCACUUUUGGGAGCAUUUGUACUGGGCAUGUUUGUUCCUGCUACAAAUAAACCAGGGGUGUUUUCCGGUGUGGCUGUGGGAUUCUGCCUGUCUCUAUGGCUUGCUGUUGGAAGCACAAUUUAUCCUCCAACACCACAAAUCAUGGGUGUUUUACCCACCAGUGCUGGUCACUGUCUAGCAACUAAUGCAACAAUCAACAACACUACAGCAGGGGUUGAAUCAUCUGUUUUGCCAUCAUCAAUCCAUGAUUAUGGUCAAUACGGCCUUCAAAAUAUCUAUUCUAUAUCCUACCUCUACUUUGGAGCCCUGUCAACUAGUGCAGUUGUUCUGGUAGGUGUGCUGGUUAGCUACAUAACAGGACCUACCAAGAAGGAUUCUAUCAGUCCUGGUUUAUUGCGAUGGAAUUUGGAACAGCAGACCUGCGAUGAGUGCUGUCAGAAUUUGAAUGAAGCUACGGCUCACAAUCCUACUGAAAUCCUUCUCAAGCCAAAAUAACUUUUUACUAAUGGUGAUAAACAAGACGUUUUAUUGAACAAAGGCGAAAUUUAGACAGGUGCAGCCUUACUUUAAGUCAAAAGAGGUCAGUUUACCUGUAACAAACAAAAUAGCCAAGAAAUAAGAUUAAUUCAAAGCGCAGCAGCAUAUAGAAUUCUGUAGCUGUGUACAAUGAAAUAUUGGAAUUUGACAUUAUUGGAUUCUCUGGAUUUAGAUUGGAUUUAGAAAGACAAACUAUUUCACAUCACAUACAUUCUGAACUGUAACUCAAAUCAACAAUGUCAAAGCCAGGCUGAUUUGGUUAUCUUUCAUGUUGGCUGGCAGUGCUGAAUGCCUUAUCAUCACCACCUGAUUUUAAGGAUCUUUGACCUAUACAUCAAUAGUGCUUUCUUUUGUAUUAUGUAAUUACGCACAAUACACAUCUGUUCAUCGGACACCUGCAGCACACCUGUAUGUCAGCUCACUUUCAUUCCUAGCCAAGUCCAGAAAAGAAUAUUACAGACAGUUCAUAUUCACACACACUCAACUGAUUUGAAAUGGAUGUUCUUUAUUUGUGUAACUGAAAGGUUUUUAUGGAUACAUAUGACUGUAAUGCUUUUCUGAUAUAUCCAACACCUUUUUGAAAGUACACAACCAGUCAAAAUUUAGACAUGCCUACUCAUUCUUUAUUACUACUAUUUUAGUAAUUUUAGAAUAAUAAUACAAUCAUCAAAACUAUGACGUAACACAAAUGGAAGUAUAGGAAAUAUGUAGUGGCCAAAAUAAAAAAAGAAAGAAAAUCACAACUUCAUGUCACAUCUAGAUGUGUUUUUGUUCAUGUUUUGUGUUAAUGUCUUUUAUUUUGAAAAGUCAUGCCAUGUCAUGUGAUUCCCUGUUUCCAUGUCAAGUCAUGUGAUCAUCCUGUUUCCCUCCAUGUUCAUGUGUCUUGUUUUCAUUGGUUUAUUGCCUUGUUAAUUCAUUAUCAGUUCUAGUUUGUCAUUGGUUUAAGUUUAUUAGUCUUGUUAUCUUGUUUAUAGUUUUGUCUCUUCAUUGGUUGUCUUGUUACCUUUGUCCAUGUAUUUCUACCCUCAUGUUUGCCAUUGUCUCUUGUCAUAUUUUUUUUAUGUAACAUUGUUUUGGAAGUCAAGUCAAGUCAUGUCAAGUUAUGUCAAGUUUAGUUUGUUUUGUAGUCACGUUUUUGGAAUUCACUCUUCAUGUAAAUAAACA